AGCAAAUCUCUUGAUCGUUUAAGAGACUUAGAGAUUGAAAGGCUUGCAAAGGCAUUCCAAUAUCUAUGAAAGGCCGUGUAUGAAUCCGGUGUUAGAGUUUCCCAAAAUCGUCAUGUCUACCAAUUUGACCACGAAAGAGGCACCCGCAAUUGACGUCGUUGAACGAAAUGGAGAUAGUGUCUCUUCCAAGGCUUCAAACCAUGCUGACGAGCGAGCUGGAGGCAGCGAUUCCACCAGUGGGAGCCAAAUUCCGGAACCGAAAGCGGGCGAAGACGACAAAGCGCAAUAUGCGACGGGAUUCAAGCUGACGAUGAUCGUCCUCAGCUUGCAACUGACGAAUUUCUGUAUUGCAGUCGACAACACCAUCAUCGCCACCGCCAUACCUAGAAUCACGGAUCACUUCGGCUCCUUGGGUGAUGUGGGAUGGUAUGGGUCUGCGUACCUCUUAUUCGUCUCAGGAUUUCAGCUGUUCUUCGGAAGACUCUACAGCUUCUUGAACAUGAAAUGGCUCUUCAUCGCCUGCGUCGUUUUGUUUGAGAUUGGAUCUUUGAUUUCAGCGGUCGCUCCGACCUCAGCUGCACUCAUCGCUGGUCGCGCCAUCUCCGGAUUGGGUGCCUCUGGAAUAUUCACCGGUGCACUCACGACGAUAUCGACAGUUCUGCCGCUCGCACGACGAGGUCUGUUCAUUGGACUAAUUACUGCUGUCUAUGGCGUGGCGAGCAUAGUGGGGCCGUUGCUGGGAGGCGCGUUGACCGACCACGCAGCUUGGAGAUGGUGCUUCUACAUCAAUCUGCCUCUUGGUGGCAUUACAGUCUUCAUAUUGAUCUUUUUCCUCCAGCUUCCGGCGUCACCUCCAAAGGAGAGCAAGACUUGGAAAGAAUACCUCCUCCGGUUCGAUCCUAUCGGCACGAUCUUGUUCGCUCCAUCAAUCAUAUGUCUUUUGUCGGCACUCCAGUGGGGCGGGACAACAUACCCAUGGGGUAAUGGCAGAAUCAUCGCCUUGUUAGUAGUUUUUGGUGUUCUCCUUCUCGGCUUCGCCAUAGUGCAACCCUUCAUGGGCGACAACGCGACCUUGAAUACCAAAGCUGUGACCUCACGGCACACCAUGUGCGCUGCUCUUUACUCCUUUUGCGUCAGUGCCUCCUUCUUUGUCAUGGCAUACUUCAUUCCAAUCUGGUUUCAAGCGAUUCGUGGGGCUUCGGCAGUACACUCCGGAAUUGACCUUUUACCGUUCAUGAUUAGUAUCAUCUUGAGCAUCAUGAGCGGCGGCUUCCUUGUUAGCAAAAUUGGCUGGUACAACCCAUUCAUGUUUGCUCCGAUCACACUAGGAGCGGCUGGUGCAGGGCUGAUCUACACAUGGGACGUUGAUACUCCAACGAGCAGACUGAUUGGAUAUCAGAUUCUGUUUGGCGUGGGUGUUGGACUUGGUAUCCAACAAGCGAUAGUGGCUGUCCAAGCAGGUUCGAAGAAUGUCGAUAUACCUAGCAGCAUAGCACUUCUCUGUUUCGCUGAAAAUUUCGGUGGUGCAGUGUUUGUCAGCGUGGCUCAGAAUCUAUGGGCCAACAAGCUUGCACAGAAGUUGCAGAACAUUGCCAACAUCGAUCCAGCUCGCAUUGUCAAGACCGGUGCAACAGAGAUCACCAGCUUGACACAAGAUCCUAAUACGCUGAGGUCAAUCAGAGUCGCCUACAAUGACGCUCUGUCGCAGCCAUUUUUGGUCGCACUGAUCUUGCUGUGUAUUGCAAGUAUCGGAACCGUUGGAGUUGAUUGGAAGAACAUCAAGACAAAGGACGAGAAAAAGGCAGAUGUUGAACAAGUUCAGGAUGCUGAAGCGACUCCUGAUCCUGAGAAGACAGAAAUAGAUAAAACAAAAGAGGAGAGCAUUGAAAUUGAAAAGCCGUGAGCUUCUGAAAAGGGAGAAGAAAUUCGACGCACGAACUUCGUCAUGAUUGAGUCAAGGCGCAAUUUGGAUUGAAAAGAGACAUAGAGUAUGAUCUUGAUGCUGGAGAGAUGUGGUCAAUAGCACCUUCGGAGAUAACAUUGGAUCCGCGCUGCAGUUCCUUUCACACGACACGAUAGAAAUCGAGUUUGAAAUUCUAGAAGAAAUGCUUGAACGUGCUCUCUAGACUUGCUGCUGCCGGUCGUUUUUCGUUCUCCCAUAACAGACUAGGAG